UGGCUUUGGCAACACUGUGUCACUUGUUUUUAAAGAACGUGGAGGUUAGACUCGCCUUUAACGUCUAAUGUGCACAGAAGUUGUUUUAUAAAUUAAAUUAAAUAAAUAACGUAAUGGUGCUGUUGGAGAACGACUUGUUUCUGUCGGAACUCACCAAGUUCUUCCAAAAGGCCAGGCUGAGCGGUUCAGUUUCCAUGACAUUUAAAAGAUAUGAUGGCAGAACAAAACCAAUUCCUCGAGAAGGACGACCACCAUUACCAGAACCGCAGGAACAUAUGUGUUUGAUACGAGCGAAGUUUAAAACGAAAAAGAUCGCAACAGUCGUACAUCAGAAGGACAUAAACAAAUUUCAAGUGGCGUACAGUAGUUUACUUAAAGGAAAUAUUGACGGCCUAAAGAAACUAAAGAAAUUGAAGACGAAAACGAAAGCGGAAUAAUUGUUGUUUACUAUCACUGUCUAUAAAAACUGCGGAUUUUUGUUUUAAUUUGAUGGCAAGGGAUUUUGUAUUUGAUUUUCACAUUUUAAUACAAAUUAUAAUUAGUUGUUAA